AUGGGCAACGGAGCCAAGGCCCAGCAGAAGCGCGAGCGCAACGCCAAGGACGGCAAAGUUGCCAAGUCGCAGCUCAAAGUCAACCAGCAGGCCAUGAACAUCCAGUGCCAGGUCUGCAAAGCUACUUUCCUGUCUACCACAAAGGGACCCGCCCUGCAAGAGCAUGCUCAGAACAAGCACAGCAAAGGUAUUGCUGAUUGCUUUCCAGGCAAGACGGCUUAG